GUUUCCGGCUUCUCUUUGUCCGGGACGAUUUAGCGGCCGUCGGCUUCAGCUGGACAUCCCAGGCACUUAUUCGUGAGAUUUCUUGUGACCGCAGCGACCUCUCGGCUCCCAGGAGCUAGAUACGCUAGCACCCCCUCAGUGGCACCUGGCCUGCAGCAUCGCAGCGGUGGUCGGAUCGGUGCACAAGCAUCGUAGCGUCGCAUAGGUGCGCAGUCGUCGCUGCGUCGUCGCGGAUCGUAAGAAAAAAUGCUAAACACGCUGCGCCGCCGCGCCGACUACGCCACGCUGUCGCGAAGAGGCACGUUUCGCGAGUGGACGCGCGAGGUUCGGCUGCGCGAGUACGUGAAACGCGCCCUCAAGGCGACCGCGGCCGUCGCGGGCAUCAUCCUCGCCGGCGGCGCCGUCUAUAGUCUUGCAGAGGGCCGCCAGUUCGCCGAGAGCUGCUACACGGCGCUCGCAAUAGCAACAACAAUUGGCGUUUCCGACGACCUCGAGCCGAAGACCGCCGCGGGCCGCUGCUUCACGGUUUUCUACUCGCUGUCGACGUUCGUCGCCCUGCCCUUGUUACUAAAUGUGGCGGCCAACGGCGUGGCGCGCGUCGGCCUGACGCUCUGGGGCGCCGUGGCCGGCUACGAGUUGACGCGGGACCCGACGCUGCGCCACCAGCGCCGGCUGGGCUGCGUUUUAACAAUUCUCGUGCUGCACGUAUUGCUAUUCGGCGGCCUCAUGGGCUACACGCUGACGUUUCUGGCGCCGUCGUACUGGGAGUCGGUCUACUACGCGUACAUGGCGCUCUCGUCGAUUGGCGUUGAUUCCACUGUUCCGCACACGCCCGCGGCCGUCGCCUACGUGGCGUACUACGUGCUCGCCGGGCUGGGGCUCCUGACGCUCGUCGCGGAGGACGCCUACGGCCUCUACUGCGUCUACAAGGCGUACCUGGAUGACGAGGAGGAUUGCGCCGUGCACGAGUCUCCCCGGUUACUGCGGCGCGACAGCUCGCAGAUUGAACCAAAACUCAAUUGGGUCCUCGGCACCGUGCACAAGAUACUAAACCUCCCGCGGCGCCUCUCGGCCCAGGCCCUCGCGAGCGCCACGACGAAUCCCCUGCGACCAUGACUGUGUGUGUCCUAAGUGUUGUUAACAUAACCUAC